AUGUCUUCUAAUCUUGAGUUGGCUUCAAGUUUGACCUCUCCUGAAAACACAGUGUUCUACGUUGAUGGUGAUGUAUCACAUUUGACUUUCCGUCCGCACUCGUUGAACAAUUUGAACUGGAACUACGAUGAUAAUGACACUGAAUCUGUAGAAUUGGAUGCUGAAAGUUUCCACAAAAGAGAUCUGGAUGAAAUGAUGGUUCAAUUUUCUGGCAGAAGUGUGCAUACUAUUCGAAUGAAAAACAAGCACAUUUCUGAGAGUUUCAAGAUUUUAUCACUCUGCGAAGUGGAGUAUACCUACACUUUUCUACCAACGUCACGCAUUUCUCCAAGUGAUGUAAAAAAGAUAGAUCAUCUUAGUCAAACCGGAUGUUUGAUUCUCCAUCUCGUCAAACAACUUCUAGGAAUUGGCAUUGAUGCCUGUGAAACUGUUCGAAAAAAUUCUUCUGAAUUUCCAAAAGAAUUGAAAGUUGAUAAAAAUAUCAAACUUGAUUGGAAUAUUCGUUCUG